AUGAGUUAUCAAUUCCAAACUGAACAUCCUGAAAAUCCUAAAAUGGUACGAGCUUGCGUUUUCAUCGAUUCAAGUAAUCCUGAUUUACCAAAUCAAAUCAUGAGCAAUUCUUCCCAUCCUUUCAUAAAACCACCAUUCCCACCUCUCAUCGAUCCAAAAGAUCUAUUGAUCAUAGGUAAAGAUAAUAAACCAUCUCGUUCUCCGAACGCGUUCAUCAUUUAUCGCAAAGUUUUCUUUAAAACCACCAGAGAUCAAGGGUAUUUCUUACCAAUGACCAUCGUGUCCUCCAUGGCGUCCAAAUCUUGGGACCAAGAAUCUGAGGAAGUGAGGGGUUAUUACAAAUUACUAGCUAAGGAAGCUUACAAAUAUCGAACCGAAAGGUUUCCCAAGAAAAUCAAGCGAAGAAGAAAGAAGGAACCUUGGAACGCUGAUAUCGCUUUUCAAAAUGAUUUAUAUAAUACAUUUUUUGAUGAGACGAAUGAUACAAAUAACGUCUCUUCACAGAUUUCUUCACCAAAUUUAGAACAACAAGGUUAUGAUGCCUCAUCAUUUAACGAAAAUCUUUUUCAAGAAUUCAGCGCAUCGAAUAAUAGUAGCAGCAUGCCAUCUCCGAUUAUUAUGUCGAACGAUGUAUUAACUCAAAACUCGGAUCAACCUUAUCUGUCGAAUGCGGAAUUCAAUGUACAGUUAAAUAACGAUUUUCCAAUUAAUUAUGUUGGACCGUAUCAAUAUGAUCAAUUUGAUCAAAAUUUAUCAUGCCAAAACAAUUUUCCUAAUCAAAUCGAUUCGGCUGAUUUCAUUCCAUACAAUAAUGAUUUAAACACGUAUUCCAAUCAAAUCGAUUAUCUCAAUUAUAACAAUUAUUUACUAAAUUCGCUACCAUAUCAAGGGAUUUGUGUAAAUUCCAAUGGAUCAGAAUACGAAAAUUCUCUUCAGUUAUAA